GAAAGAGAGAUGGCUUGCGAUGAGGGAAGAGAUGAGGACGUUGGAAAUGUACGUAACUAACUGCAGUUGUUGCCAACAUGUACCACCUCUGGAUUGCUUCCCAAUAUAUCCUCCUCCCCAUCCAUUCCACUGUUGCCACUGCUUCCCUAGCUGCUAUUUUUGCCAACAAAAUAAACUUGCAUUUGGUUACUGCGUUCCUACCUGUUCUGCUUGCCGACUUCCACCAACAACCGAACCAGGCCGCGGAGGAACAAUUGGGGUAGGCAUCGGCGGAACAACCGAACCAGGCCGCGGCGGAACAAUUGGGGUAGGCAUCGGCGGAACAACCGAACCAGGCCGCGGCGGAACAAUUGGGGUAGGCAUCGGCGGAACAACCAAACCAGGCCGCGGCGGAACAAUUCAACCUGGGGACGGCGGACCAAAUAAACCAGGCGGAACAACUGAACCAGGUGAAGGAGGACCCGACGAAUUCCGUAGGACAGAAAACCUCAUCCAAUUUCCCAUUCCGACAAAUCCUUCCUGGAGUAACCCAAAACUUUAUGGCUGGGGACUUCAGCACUUAGUAGUGAAUGUGAGGAGUACAGUGAUAUUUCCGUCCCUGAUGGUCAGUUUGGGCGGAGGUGGCAAUGUAGAGAAAGCAAGGGCGAUACAGGCGUCGCUGUUUGCAAUGGCAAUAAACACACUUUUGCAGAUUUGUUUUGGUGCUCGGCUUUCUGUGUCGAUGGAAACAUCCCAAGCUUACAUUAUCCCUAUAAUUUCCAUUGCUUUAUCAACUUACAGUAAUUUUAAUCACUCACUCGAUCCCCAUCAGAGGUUUGAACUAUUCAUGCGACGUGUACAAGGAGCAAGUCUCAUUUCGUCUUUCUUUCAAAUGGUGAUUGGUUUCUCUGGUUUGGCGAGAUAUUUUGCAAGACACCUUAGCCCUCUUGCUUCAGUUCCUCUUGUAACACUCACGGGACUUGGGCUGUACGUCCGUGGAUUUCCCCUGUUGGCUAGGUGUAUUGAAAUUGGACUCCCAGCUUUAGCUAUAUUGGUUUUCUUAACUCAGUUUCUUCCCCUUAUCUGGAAAGCGAAAAAAGAGAUAGUUGGUCAAUUAGCAAUCAUACUUUCUGUGGGAAUUGUAUGGACCUAUGCAGAGAUUUUGACUGUAGCUGGUGCAUAUGAUAAUACAUCUCAAGAAAGACAAAUUAAUUGUCGUACUGAUAGUUCUAGUCUCAAUGGUGCUGCUCGUUGGAUAAACCAUCAAGAAACACAAAUGAAUUCUCAUUCUGAUAGUUCUGGGCUCAUUGGUGCUGCUCCUUGGAUAAAGAUUCCACAACCAUUUCAAUGGGGAACUCCCAUUUUUGAAGUUGGCGAUGCUCUUUCAAUGAUGGCUGCUUCUCUUGUAGCUGUUAUUGAGUCUUCUGGUACAUUUUAUGCAUCAUCAAAAUUAAGCGGUGCUCCUCCUAUACCUCCCUCUGCACUGACUCGUGGUAUUGGCAUUCAGGGAAUUGGAACUAUGAUAGAUGCAGUAUUUGGUACAGGAAAUGGCUCUGCUGCUUCUGUGGAAGAUGCAGGUCUUUUAGGAUUAACACAAGUAGGAAGUCGGAGGGUCGUUAUAGUAUCAGCAAUCAUUAUGGUUUUCUUUUCCAUUUUAGGAAAAGUUGGGGCUUUUCUCUCUUUAAUACCAUUGCCAAUUGUGGGAGCUCUUCAUACUGUCCUCUUCCCCUACGUGGCUUCAGCUGGGCUUCAAUAUCUCCAGUUUUGCAACGUGAAUAGCUUUAGAUCAAAGUUCAUUCUAGGCUUUUCUCUCUUCAUGGGUCUUUCCGUGCCUCAAUACUUCAAGGAAUAUGUUUUUCUUUCUGGUCAUGGACCUGUUAACACUGGCUUCACCUGGUUCAAUGACAUAAUCCAAGUGAUUUUCUCAUCCCCACCAACAGUCGCCCUUAUAAUUGCUUUCUUUUUGGAUCGGACUCAUACUCCUAAGGCCCGCUCGACCAGGAAAGACAGUGGCAUGGAUUUGAAAGAGCAAUAUGAUGAGUCGGGAAUGACUCAAGAAAUCUAUGAGAUAAUUACUUCACUUGGUGAUUUAUGCUCUUAAUUCUAAUUAAUAUGCUUCAUCCGCUGUACAUGAAAUAAUAGUUACAAUUCAUAUUUUCUCUUACCAAGAGUCUAUCAUGUUGCUCUCUUUUGACAAGUUGUGGCAAUUGAAAAUAUAGUACAUGUUAUAA